UUCGCUCGCUCCCUCCUCCCUCGCCAGCCGCGGCGGCAGCAGGAGAAGGCGGCGGCGGCGGCGGCGGCUGGGGAUCAGACAUGGCGGCGGAUCUGAACCUGGAGUGGAUCUGCUCGCUGCCCCGGUCCUGGACUUACGGGAUCACCAGGGGCGGCCGAGUCUUCUUCAUCAACGAGGAGGCCAAAAGCACCACCUGGCUGCACCCGGUCACCGGCGAGGCCGUGGUCACCGGACACCGGCGGCAGAGCACAGAUUUGCCUACUGGCUGGGAAGAAGCAUAUACUUUUGAAGGUGCCAGAUACUAUAUAAAUCACAAUGAAAGGAAAGUAACGUGCAAACAUCCAGUGACAGGACAGCCAUCGCAGGACAAUUGCAUUUUUGUAGUGAAUGAACAGGCUGUUGCAACCAUGACAUCUGAAGAAAAGAAGGAACGACCUAUAAGUAUGAUAAAUGAAGCUUCUAACUAUAAUGUGACAUCAGAUUAUGCAGUACAUCCAAUGAGCCCUGUAGGCAGAACUUCACGAGCCUCAAAAAAAGUUCAUAAUUUUGGGAAGAGGUCAAAUUCAAUUAAAAGGAACCCUAAUGCACCUGUGGUCAGACGAGGUUGGCUUUAUAAACAGGACAGUACUGGGAUGAAGCUGUGGAAGAAACGCUGGUUCGUGCUUUCUGAUCUUUGCCUUUUUUAUUAUAGAGAUGAGAAGGAGGAAGGCAUCCUGGGAAGCAUUCUGUUGCCUAGCUUUCAAAUAGCGAUGCUUACCUCUGAUGAUCACAUCAACCGCAAAUACGCUUUUAAGGCAGCCCAUCCAAACAUGCGGACCUAUUAUUUCUGCACUGAUACAGGAAAGGAAAUGGAGUUGUGGAUGAAGGCCAUGUUAGAUGCUGCCCUGGUGCAGACAGAACCUGUGAAAAGAGUGGACAAGAUUGCAUCUGAAAAUGCACCAACUAAGGAAACCAAUAACAUUGCCAACCACCGAGUGCUGAUUAAGCCAGAGGUCCAGAACAACCAAAAAAACAAGGAAAUAAGCAAACUUGAAGAAAAAAAGGCACUAGAAGCUGAAAAAUACGGAUUUCAGAAGGAUGGUCAAGAUAGACCUUUAACAAAAAUUAAUAGCGUGAAGUUGAAUUCUGUAUCAUCUGAAUAUGAUGGCGGGUCAGCGUGCCCAGCUCCAACAGCACACUACAGAGCAGUCAGUGUGAACAGUUCAGAGAACAAAACAGUCAAUGUCAGCUUGGCAGACCUGAGAAGUGGCAACCCCCCAAAUACAGGGCCCCUGCACACAGAGGCUGACCGAGUCAUACAGAGAACAAAUUCAAUGCAGCAGCUGGAGCAGUGGAUUAAAAUCCAGAAGGGGAGGGGUCAUGAGGAAGAAACGAGGGGAAUAAUUUCUUACCAAACAUUACCCAGAAAUAUGCCGAGCCACAGGGCCCAGAUUAUGGCCCGCUACCCUGAAGGUUACAGAACGCUCCCGAGGAACAGCAAGACCAGACCUGAAAGCAUCUGCAGCGUGAACCCUUCGGGCCACGACAAGACCCUGGGUCCUGGAGCGGAGGAGAAGCGCAGGUCAAUGAGAGACGACACCAUGUGGCAGCUCUACGAGUGGCAGCAGCGCCAGUUCUACAAUAAGCAGAGCACCCUCCCUCGACACAGUACUUUGAGUAGCCCUAAAACCAUGGUUAAUAUUUCUGACCAGACCAUGCACUCCAUCCCCACGUCACCUUCCCAUGGGUCCAUGGCUGCUUAUCAGGGUUACUCCCCUCAACGCACCUACAGAUCAGAGGUGUCCUCGCCCAUCCAGAGAGGAGAUGUGACGAUAGAUCGCAGACACAGGGCCCAUCACCCUAAGCAUGUCUAUGUACCUGACAGAAGGUCAAUGCCAGCUGGCCUAGCUUCACAGUCCGUCAGUCCCCAGAGCCUGCAAGGCAAAACGCUGUCACAAGAUGAAUGUAGAGGCACAUUAUACAAAUACAGACCUGAAGAAGUAGAUAUUGAUGCCAAAUUAAGCCGAUUGUGUGAACAAGAUAAAGUGGUCCAUGCUCUGGAAGAGAAACUCCAGCAGCUCCACAAGGAGAAAUACACGCUUGAGCAAGCUUUGCUAUCAGCCAGCCAAGAGAUAGAAAUGAAUUCAGAUAACCCAGCAGCCAUUCAGACGGUGGUGUUACAGAGAGACGAUUUGCAAAACGGACUGCUUAGCACGUGUCGGGAACUCUCUCGGGCCACUGCCGAGCUAGAGCGAGCAUGGCGAGAAUAUGAUAAGUUAGAGUAUGACGUAACUGUUACCAGGAACCAGAUGCAAGAACAGCUGGAUCGCCUUGGUGAAGUUCAGACUGAAUCAGCGGGAAUUCAGCGUGCACAGAUUCAGAAAGAACUUUGGAGAAUUCAAGAUGUCAUGGAGGGGUUAAGUAAACACAAACAGCAGAGAGGUGCUGCAGAAACAGGUAUGGCAGGAUCAAAACCUUUCUCAACAGUUAAGUACAAAAAUGAGGAAGAGGAAGUAGUCCCACCUCGUCCUCCACUUCCUCGGUCCUAUGACUUUACAGAGCAGCCUCCCAUAAUCCCCCCUCUGCCCAGUGAUAGCAGCUCCUUGCUCUGUUAUAGCAGGGGCCCAGUGCAUCUACCUGAAGAGAAGAAGAUUCAUCAAGUUCAAGGAUAUCCAAGAAAUGGAUCUCACUGUGGUCCAGACUAUAGACUGUACAAGAGUGAGCCAGAGCUAACCACAGUGGCAGAAGUUGAUGAGUCUAAUGGAGAAGAAAAGUCAGAACCUGUCUCAGAGAUGGAAACUCCAGUUGUUAAAGGUUCCCACUUUCCUGUUGGGGUCGUUCCUCCAAGAACAAAAUCUCCAACACCCGAAUCGUCAACAAUAGCUUCCUAUGUAACCUUAAGGAAAACGAAGAAGAUGCUGGAUCUGAGAACGGAAAGACCAAGAAGUGCAGUGGAACAGCUCUGUCUGGCUGAAAGUACUCGACCCAGGAUGACGGUUGAAGAGCAGAUGGAAAGAAUAAGGAGACAUCAGCAAGCAUGCCUGCGGGAGAAGAAAAAAGGAUUCAGUGUCCUUGGUGCUUCAGACCAGUCACCCUUACAGAGUCCUUCAAGUCUAAGGGAUAAUCCAUUUAGGGUUACCCAGACUCGCAGGAGGGAUGAUAAUAUGAAGGAGCCUGCCAGCGGAGACAGUGAAGAGAAACCCAACCACGAAACUCCUGUGGAGGAUAUUGUCCGACUAAAAGAAGCUGAACGCCAAGACACAGGCUUCAGCAAAGAGCUGAAAAGAACUGAAACUGUUUUCUACGAGAUGCUUUUCAAGCCUGAGCCCAAUGGAGUAAACUCUGAGGAAGUGGUGGAUAAAGAGAGAGACAAAAAGGAAAUGGCUGAGGAUGCUACAUGCAGCCCUCAAGAUGAGACAGCAGUCACAAAUCAUAAACCAGAAGAGCAUCCUGAAGAAGCCGCAAAGGACAGUCUUCAUGAACAGGAGGAAGCCCUGACUCCCUGCGAGCCAACGCCGGAGGUUUCACGAGGAAGCCCGGCAGCGGCAGUGAAAAGUCCCUCCCUGUCCCCGGAGUCCUCGGCGUCCCCGGUGCCGUCCGCUCAGCCGCAACUCCCGGAAGGAUCGCAUUUCAUGUGUGUGUAGUCUCGGAACUACACCGACGCCUGCUGAAGCCAUUCAGAGCUGCAGACCUGGACCUUCAGCAAUGUAAGAAGAGGUUGUACAGCAUAUUUUAAAUCUAUGAAAUUCAUAGUUCUGAUGCUUUUGGCCACGGAGCAUCAUUUUAUCACUUCUGGAAAAUGUUUAUUCCAAAACAGCUUUAACGGCCCAUAUGUACACUCCGUAAUCUCAAGGUUAUUCCUCGGACACCAGCUUGCUGCUAUGUUUCAGAGCACAUCCGUAAAGGUGCUUCUCAGUGUGCGGUCCACAGCCAGAGCUUAGUUAGUUGCUGAUUUCCAGGGUUUGAUGUUUCUUAAGUCUAGGUGAAUUCAUGCUUCCUUUUGCUUUUCAUUACAUACAGUUACUUCUUAUUUCCAAUGAAACUUGUUUUCCUUUUUUUUUUUUUUAUUCCUUCUCAUUUUGGCUACUGCAGUGCUUUGUUCCACACUUGAUUUGUAAAAAUUAUAUAUAUAUACAUAUAUAUAUAUAUUUAAAAUGUGCCAUUUUAUUACUGCUAAGUGACAACGUCCCAUUCUCCGCUAUAAUUCUUCCUCGGUCAGAUUGCAAUGUCCAGUUACUGCCACACUCUCGUCAGCUUAAACACAAAUGUUAUCGCUUACCUUUUCUUAAAAAAAAAAAAAAAAAAGUGUAGGUAAUUUGAAGUACUGGGUCUCUACUUCAUUGGAAUAGUGUGUACAGCAAUAAGCAGGUUUUCAAAUCCAGUACUUAGUUUGUGUACAAAUGUAAUUAUGUUCAUUGUGUAUAUAUUAUACAAUGAGCACAUGUAAUGUAUUAAAGGCUACUUACUAUUGUUUAAAUGCAAAUGUUCAUAUCUCAUUUCUUUUUUA